GACACCUCUUGAUACUAUUACUUCUGCCCGCCCAUCGUCAACAUGAAGAAAGACUCCGGCGGCUGGCCAGUUUUUGCCCAGAGCUUCCCUUCAAAGCCCAAGUUUCACCCUGACCAAAUUCCCGACCAUUCUGGGCGGGUUGUCCUCGUGACAGGCGGGAACACAGGUAUUGGAUAUGAGACCUGUAGGGAGAUGCUUAAGCACAAUGCCAAAGUAUAUCUUGCCGCUCGUAGCCCAGAAAAGGCUGCUGCAGCCAUCGCCUCCCUAAAGGAGGAAACGGGCAAGGAGGCCAUCUUCCUCAAGCUCGAUCUCGGAAGUCUGGCUUCGGUGAAGGCGGCUGCCCAGGAGUUCCUCAGCAAGGAAUCGGAGCUUCACGUCCUGUUCAACAAUGCCGGCGUCAUGAGACCUCCCAUCGAAUGGUUGACUACAGACGGAUACGACCUACAAUUUGGAACGAACGUCCUCGGGCACUUCUACUUCACCGAGUUGCUCAUGACAGCACUUCUUGUCGCUGUGAAAACGUCACCGGAUGGCCACGCGCGCGUCGUCACGACGUCCUCAAGCGGUGCAUACCUGAACACCCUUCACUUCGAGACGUUCAAGGAUGGCCCCGAGAGAAGAAAGAUGGGCAGCAAUGGAUUGUACAACCAGAGCAAACAUGGUAACAUUGUGAUCGCACGAGAGAUAGCAAAGCGCUACGGAGAUCAAGGUAUAAUAUCCAUUUCCGUGAACCCGGGUAACAUCCAGACCGACCUCCAACGUCAUUUCCCGACAGUCGCGCGUGUGAUCUUGAAUGCUGUGCUACUGAAGCCGGUCCAAUACGGUGCCCUGACCCAGCUCUUCGCAGGAACAAUGCCUGAGGCACUCAAAUACAAUGGCGAGUUCUUGAUUCCAUGGGCCCGACUUGGAAAGGCUGACCCGGAGUGCUAUAACGACGAGGUCGGUGAGCGGCUGUGGAGCUGGCUUCAAGGCGAGGUGCAGGCGUUUGAAGCGCGUCGGGCGUAGCGUGCGUCACCCACUAUGAUGCUAAUGUACCCAAUGCCGAUUCUCAUAUCGUACCACCUUGCAAAAGAGCUCCUAUAGCAUGGGACUCUCUAUCGUGGUCCAUGAACGCUGCAUAGCUUAU